AUGAAUGAGCUGGAGAAAUUAUUAAGUAAAGCUACAAACCCGAUAUCAGACCAGUAUGACUCUGACACUGUGAAUGAAAUUGCAAAGCUGAUUGAUACUCAACCUAAUGGUCCAGUCUUUACUCUUCGACUUCUCGCCCAUAAAAUUAAGUCUCCACAUGAAAAAGAAGCUCUUAGCUCUUUAAUGCUGUUAGAGUUUUUAUCCAAGCGUUGUGGUCCAACAUUUAUAUCCGAACUUGGGAAGUUCAAGUUUCUCAACGAACUAAUCAAAGUUCUAUCGCCCAAGUAUCUUGGUGACCAGACAUCUUCAUGUGUAAAAAACAAGUGUGCUCAGUUGCUUCAUAAUUGGCAACGUGAUUUCUCACCAAAUGAACCGAAGUUUGCUGAGGCAUACAAUAUGCUUGUUCGAGAAGGUAUUAUAACUGCAAGUCAGAUAGUUUCUACUGACUCCGUUUCAGAGGUAUGUCGCUCAGGCUCUUCAGCCACUGAAAAUAGGCAAAAUAUUUUUGAACGUAACAAAAAAUCAGAGCGUUUAACUCAAUUACUUCGUAGUCGUAAUCCAGCUGAUCUACGUGAAGCGAAUGCGCUUAUUAAGAGUAUAGUUGAAGAAGAUCAAGUACGUAUGGAAAAAGUAAGCCAAAGAACUAGUGAAAUGGAAGCAUUAAGAAAUAAUACCAUAUUAUUAGAAGAAAUGAUUGGGACAUAUUUAUUAGGUGAAAGUACUGAGGCUGAAUUAGAAUUGAUGAGUGAAUUAACACAGAAUAUACGUAGAGCACGUCCAUUAUUAUAUAGUUUCUCUUUAACACAUGAAGAACAAGAUAUUGAAACAUUGACUGAAAUUGGUCAAAUAUGUGACAGAGCUAGUGAAGUUUUAGCAAAUUAUGAACAAAAAAUAUCCAAUCGAAAAUCAUUAUCCUCAUCAAAAUCAUCCUCUAUAAUGAAUGAUAAUUCUUCUUCUUCUUCUUCUUCUUCUCAAUUAUCAUCCAAUGAUAAUCACUUGUCAUCAUCUAAUCCUAUUCCUGAUCUUUUAACACAAGAUUUAAUGAAUUUAGGCAUAAAUGAUGAUCCAAUCACACCAAUCACAUCUUCUAAUGCUAAUGUAUACUCUCCAGAUGUUUUAUUAUUGAAUAGUUCACAUUCAUUUCUUGUUAAUCAUCUUCAUAAUUCAUCAUCAUCAUCAUGUAAUCAAAUAUCACGUCCAAUUGAAUCAAAAUGUUCAUUGAACAGUAGUAACCAUUUUAUGGGUAAUAAUCUUGGUAUUAGAAAAAAGUCAAACUAUGAUGAUUUACAAGAUAUUUUUUCUAUAAAUACUACUAAUACUUCUACUACUGCUAAUACUACGACUACGACGACGAUGACGACUACUUCUGGGUCAACAAUACUCCCUACUUCGUCAACUCUUUACCCAUCAAUAUUCAGUUCUGUAGAUUCUAAAACUUCAAAACAAACCUUGUCUCCUGAACAUGGAUCUUCUGUAAAUUCCAAUUCCAACGUCUUCAGCGAACUAGAUAGUUUGAGUCGUCAAAUGCUUAACUUAUCAAAAACAAAUGCGUUGACAGAUACAAAUCUAUCAAUAUUACUAGCAAAUAAUUCUCCAAGUAAAAUAAAACCCGAUGAUGCUAAUGAUAAUAACAUAUCCCUAUGUAUGAAUGAUGUAGUUGUCAGUAUGAAUAACACUCCCACUAGUAAUAAUCACAAGAUGGAAGAAGUAACAUCAUCAGAAGUUAUAACACAAAGUGUAAUUGAUCUUAAAUCAUUUGAUAUUCAACUUUCUUCUGUUCAACCUCAUUCAAUAUAUAAAACACCAUUGACACUUUAUCCAACUGAUAUAUCACAAGAGAAUGAUAAUACUUAUAACAUACAAUUAACAUUACAUUAUGCUAAUAAUAAACCACAUCCUGAAGUGAUGGUUUUUGUUGCUGUUAUAUCUAGUCGAAAUGUUUUACCUAUUACUGAAAUCAAUGUUAGAUUUGGUGUUGAAAAGCCAUUUAAAAUACGACAACUGAUUGCAUCUGGACAAAAUCUUCCAUCUUAUACAACAUUUCUACCACCUGCAUCAAUUAGUCAAGUAUUAUUAAUUUAUAAUCCAUCUAAAUUAGAAAAAUUUGUAUUGAAAUUUCAACUGUCGUUUAUAUUAGAUGGUGAAUCGAUUCUAGAAUCUGGGAAGUUAGAAUUACCAUGUGGUUGA